GGAAUUAUUCACGCCCGGAAAAUGAGGUGGGAAAGGGUCCGACAACAACAGCAACAAGUGGGUCUCGGUGACUCUUCUUCCGGGCCCGGUAAGAGGUGGGGACACACUUGUAACGCCAUUAAAGGAGGUAGCUUUCUCUAUGUUUUCGGUGGCUAUGGCAGAGAUAAUUGCCAGACCAAUCAAGUCCAUGUUUUCGACGCUGCAAAGCAGAUAUGGACUCAGCCAAUGAUCAAUGGCACUCCUCCUCCUCCUAGGGACAGUCACAGCUGUACAACAGUCGGCGACAACCUUUUCGUGUUUGGUGGUACUGAUGGCGUUAACCCUCUCAAGGAUUUGUAUAUUCUAGAUACUUCUUCACAUACUUGGAAAUGUCCUAGUGUUAGGGGAGAGGGACCUGAGGCAAGAGAAGGUCAUAGCGCCACGCUGGUUGGUAAAAGGCUGUUUGUCUUUGGUGGCUGUGGGAAAUCUUCUGGUAUUAAUGACGAAAUCUAUUACAAUGACGUUUACAUAUUUAAUACAGAGACUUUUGUGUGGAAACGGGCUGUUACAAUUGGGAAUCCUCCAUCUGCGCGGGAUAGCCACUCUUGCUCAUCGUGGAAGAACAAACUUGUUGUUAUAGGUGGCGAAGAUGGACAUGACUACUAUCUGUCCGAUGUUCAUAUCCUUGAUACAGAUACACUCAUAUGGAAAGAGCUGAAUACUUCAGGGCAGUUGUUGACACCUCGAGCUGGUCAUGUUACUGUUUCACUUGGGAGGAACUUUUUUGUGUUUGGAGGGUUUACAGAUGCUCAGAAUCUUUACGAUGAUCUCUAUGUGCUUGAUGUCGAUACGUGCGUAUGGUCAAAGGUUCUCACCAUGGGAGAAGGACCAUCUGCUAGGUUCUCUUCUGCAGGGGCUUGUCUAGAUCCUCACAAAGCUGGUUUUCUUGUCAUUGUUGGUGGCUGCAAUAAGAAUCUUGAGGCAUUGGAUGACAUGUUCUACUUGCACACAGGUCUUGGAUACGAUGCAAGAUUUGAUCAAAAUGUAGGGAGGUUGUCUCUAAAGAAGCAAUUGAAGAUAAAAUGCCAAGAACAAAGUCAUGCAAGUUCCUUGUACGAUAAAUCACUUGUCAGAAUCAAUAUGGAUCAUCAAGGAAGAGGAAAUUUUGGUUUGAACACUGGCCAAUUUAAUGAAGGAAAGAUGAUGUUUCAAGCCCGGAUAACCGAGAGUUACCCGGUUGGUUACACUAUGGAAACAAUGAUAGACGGAAAAGUGCUUCGUGGUGUUUUGUUUUCAAACAAGCCCAGCUCCGUUCUGGCGACCGAUCAAAGCUUUAGUAGAAAGAGGCCAGCUAUGUCGAACGGGGAUCAGGAUAACAGAUCAAAGAUAUCAAGAACUUUGAUCAAGGAUCAAGCUGAUGCUGUAGAAUCCAAAGAUUCUCCAUCAAACGGCAUGGGGGCUGGUAUUGAUACCAUCAGCAACCCUCUGGAUGUUAAUGUAACCACGAUGGCAGUGGCACCACAAGAAACAGAAACCGCUGUUGUUACUUCUGAUGCCAAGAACCAAGAUGCAACACAACUCGAUAUGGGCACUGUGAAUACAGCUCCAUCAUCAGUUCCUGAGGCAGAUGAAGCGUCUUUAGAAUCUAGAAAUGCGAUAACGAUAGAUGAUAGAGCUAACAAGACCGGACCUGGAGAGUCAUAGCUACAAAUACAAAGAUGAGAGAUUCUCCGCUAUAGACAGAGGAACAACAGCGUGAACAACAUCAUUUCUUUUCCUGUACAUUAGUCUGGAGAUAGGGUGGGUUUAAUUUAGAAUCUAAGUUAGCUUAUUGUGGUGACCGGUGAGGAUGAUGAGGAGCUUACUCUGAGUUAGUUUUUUUCUUCUUCUCUGCAAUUUUCGGUUUUUUUUUGGUUAAGUUUAACUUGCAAGCAAUGUUAUGCUUCCUCCCUCACAGUUUUUUUGCACAAUGAACUCUUACUUGUCAGUAAAAAUGGUUUAUUUUA